CUGCACCUCAAAAUCGCAGGAUCAUGAGAGGUCAUGCUCUUUUCGAAUCUACUUCGAAUGCUUCGAAGGAAUAUUGGCUCUGAUUAGUUGAUGUUAUUCCAACGUGAGCGGCAAAUGAAGGAAUGCGGAUUUCAUUCUACGCAUCCACUCUCCGAAAUCGUAGUUUCCAAACAAGUUGCCGAUGUUGCCGAUGUUGCCUCGACAGAACACCCACACCGCUGUACGUGCCUUUAGCCUCAUGUGUUAAUAGUUCUCAACCUCUUUUCACAUUUGUAGCAUCUUCCGUGUUCUCCAGCUGGAUCAUGUACAUCGUGCUUGACACUUUGUUUCGGGAUUAUGUGUGAUAGAAGAAAGAGGCAGUACCACACCGCUUGAUGAGUAACAGGGUCAAAUCCCCGUACUCGGAAUUUUGAGGCAACAACCUAUAAAUAGUUGCGAUGCCAUGAAGGAGCAUGCGUUUGUCAUCUUUCGAAACUCAUCAUGGGAUCUUCUCUGUCAUCACUCUCACUUGGGAGGACCCGAGGUGUAAUAGGACAUUUGUCUGAGCGUCCGAUCCAAUGAAACGAUUUAUGAGGAACACCGAGCGUGUGCACGUCUCAGCUCGAACGAAAGUUGAUUUUGAAGGCGGCUGGGUUUGUUGUUUUCAAAAUGAGGCUCUCUGCGUGUAUAAAAGACGAUUUCAAACGAAGAUAAACGAUGACAGUAAUGAUAACAUCGUGGCAGAACUUGUUCUGUGCUGCAUCCCCGACUUAAUAGAACUUACAUGUGACGCCAUCAUUUGCGUCGGAACAGGGGUAUAUUAUGUGGUUAAAGCCAUGGUCCCGAAAUCUCGUAAAUCGAAAUCCCAUCGUAGAAAGUCAAGAUCAAAACGGGACCGAUACAUCCCUGUGUCCAGUACACAAUCUUUUGUCCCACUAAGCCGGAGGGCAUAAAGUCCGAAUUAGAGGCGAUCCACAUAUUUAGACGACACCUUAGAGCACACUCCUCUCCAGCAGGACUGGGUAAUACUGUGAACAGUGACACAUCAGAAUCUCAGUACGUGCCUCGCGGCCUUCUACAGACUGCGUGAAAUGACAUGGGAAAUCAUCACUGCACUUGUUCUCCCUUUGUGCGGAGGAGCAUCAUCUGUGUUAUGAAUAAUGAAUGAAUCCGAACAGAAACA